UAUGUCAUUUAAGCAUCCUGAUAUUGUCGUUUCGUUGGUGGUCACCGAAGAGUGGAAGAGCUUCCUUAGCUCCUAUAUCUUGCCAAGUAAAAUCCACUUGAAUACGAUCCCUAAUGUCAUACCCUCGGAGCUUAUUCGUGCUAAGGAUUUUCCAGGUUUCUUGGAAGCAGUUGCUACAAAGAUGGAAGCUCCUUUCGAGCAACUUCUUGAUCGGCUUGAUUCGCCGGUGAAUGCUAUUAUAGCCGAUACUUACUUGGAUUGGGUGAUCGGAGUUGGGAAUCGGAGGAAUAUUCCGGUUGCUUCUCUUUGGACAAUGUCAGCUGCAGUAUUUUCUAUCUUGCACAAUUUUGAUCUCCUCGUCGGAUAUGGGCAUUUUCCGAUCUCGUUAUCCGAAAGAGGAGAAGAGCGUGUGGAUUACAUCCCUGGAAUUCCUCCAACACGUCUAUUAGAUUUUCCUACAAUCUUUAAUGGAACUGGCAGACAAACUCUUUACAAAGCGCUGAAGUCUGUUUCAAUGGUGUCUAAAGCACAAUACCUUCUAUUCACUUCUGCUUACGAGCUUGAACCAUCAGUUAUUGAUGCUUUAAAAUUGAAUUUUUGCUUUCCACUCUACUCUUUAGGUCCUAUGGUACCUUUUUUUGAGCUAGAUCCCAAUUCUAAUUUAGCUACUAGUGAUGAUCAAAAAGUCCCUGAAUACUUACAGUGGCUAAAUUCUCAACCAAAAAAUUCUGUGUUAUAUGUCUCAAUGGGAAGCUUCCUUUCAGUUUCAAGUGCCCAAAUGGAUGAAAUUGUAGCUGGGGUAAUAAACAGUGGCGUUAGGUUCUUGUGGGUAUCUCGUGGUGAAAAGGGUCUAUUUGAAGAUGGUUGUGGGGAUUUGGGAUUAGUGGUUCCAUGGUGUGAUCAAUUGAGAGUUUUGUGUCAUCCUUCUGUUGGUGGUUUUUGGACACAUUGUGGUUGGAAUUCUACUUUAGAAGCUGCUUUUGCUGGAGUUCCAAUGCUUGCUUCUCCUAUAAUUUGGGAUCAAACUUCCAAUAGUAAAAAAAUUGUGGAAGAUUGGAAGAUUGGGUGGAGAGUGAAACAAGGGGUUGAAGGUGAAAACUUGGUAACAAGAGAAGAAAUUGCAAAACUUGUGCAG